AGAGAGAGAGCCAAAGCAUUGUUCUUUUGAAACCCCUCUUCCCCCUUUCGUUCUCUCUCUUCUUCCCCCCUCUUUCUCUCUCAGCACCUCUCCGAAUUCAACGAGCUAAGCUAAUCACGGAUAUGCUCGAUUUCCUUCGACAAUUCUGCUUCUCAAUUUGAUGGGUAUUGUUUAUUUCAGAUAAUCGAUUUCUGCAAGGAGUGUUAUUAAGGCUCGCGAUGUGACUCCAAUUUCUCAAAUAGGCUAGUAGUUGAUCUGAAUGGUUCAGCAAAUGAUAAGCCCCAAAUUUGGUGAGUAUGGGUUGGGCAGAACCGAGCAAAACUUCUCUGCUGGUGGUGAUAAGCAGUUUCCAGUUGCUGUAAAGAAAGCAGCUUUGAGAGAUGUGCAGAAUCAAAAUAGCGGUCACAACUUCAUCAGCAACUCUCCAUUGACUAAGAACAGUGGAAAAAGUAUGGAUACCAUCAAUAAGGUUUCUGGCACCAAGAGGCCCUCACCUGAGAGUCCAAUAGCACAUAACCAGUCCCCAAAUGGUAAUGCUGCAAAUGCUCAACUUGUUUAUGUGCGUCGUAAAUCCGAAGCUGAGACAGGCAAGAUUAAUGCUAACUCCCCUAAUCGAAAACAAGUUGGUCACUCUGGGGAGACCAACCAGUUAAAAUCACCGACUAAGGAGCAGCCAAAGGUUUCCCGAUUUUCGGCAUUCAUGGCACCUAUGCCCGUCAGCACCACGAUAAGUACAUCAGGGAAGCCCUCAGUUUCCCUUCCUAUAACACAGUCUCCUAUAACACAGUCUAGUACUCCGAGAUUUGCAUCGGUGCAGUCCACUUAUCAUCCCUUUCCUGCUUCUUCUGUACCUUUGUCUGAUAAUGGGAAUGCGAUGAGAGUUAUGCACUGGGAGGAACGAUACUGCCAGUUACAAGCUCUGUUAAAGAAAAUAGAUCAAUCAGAUCAAGAGGACUACAUACAGAUGCUCCGAUCUAUUUCCUCAGUUGAGCUUAGCAGACAUGCAGUCGAGUUAGAGAAGCGAUCCAUUCAGCUCUCUCUGGAAGAAGCAAAGGAGAUACAGCGGGUGGCAUUCCUGAAUGUACUGGGGAGAAAUCUCAAAGCACCACCCACAAUUCAGCAGAGGAAGUGACGCGAAAGCCAGAGGGAAAUUAAACCCUGUGUUCAUACGGAUCUCUUUCGGGUUAUAUCUACUUCUACUCUUACCACUAUGGUCAUCAUCAUCCUCUCAUUGUUCGAUCGACAAUUUUGCAAGCUGUUGUAUGCUAGUUCGCUGUGCUCUCUAUUUGUCUUUCGUAGUUCUUAACUGUUAGCUGUUGUAUAUUGAGGAAGUGAGUGAGUUAUAAACUAAUUACAUCCAAGGAGGAAGCCAUGGGGGGAAAGUAAAUUAGGCAAUUUCCUAACUUGUUGAGACAGAUUUCAUGACUAGUUGAAAGCAAUUUGUAUCAGAAUUCAGAAAGAAGUGUUGUUAUGGAUAUGAGUGAAUCCUUAUCUCAUGGACGGUUUUUUUAUGUCGAAAAUUCAGACAUGAUAUUAUUUUUCUGUAAUGAAAUGGCAGUUAUCAUUUUCUCGUUUAUAUGAUAAA